CAAAAGCAGCACACUUCAAAUUAAACACAGCAUCACAAAACCUUCUCCAAUUCAAACGAGCAUCCAAUGGAGGCCGUUGAGGAAGUGGUGAUCGUCGGAGCAGGAUUAUCCGGCGUUGCGACCGCGCUCGGGCUCCACCGGAAGGGGAUCAAGAGCUUGGUGUUGGAGUCAUCGGAGUCGCUGAGGGCGAGCGGGUUCGCGUUAACGACGUGGACGAAUGCUUGGAGAGCACUGGACGCGCUUGGAGUCGGAGACUCCCUCAGGCGACAGAGCCUCCGGCUCGAGAGGGAAAUUGCUACUUCAGCAUCUUCUGGAGCUAUAACCUCACAGCAAAUCCUCACAACUCGAGGGAAAAUUGGAGAGCAUGAAGUUCGCUGUGUGAGGAGAAAUUUGCUGCUGGAGGCACUAGCGAGAGAGUUACCUCAAGGGACGAUUAGAUUCUCAUCCAAGGUUGUGUCCAUUGAAGAGGAUGGCAACUUGAAGAUCUUGCACUUGGUUGAUGGCUCUAUUCUGAGAGCUAAGGUGCUAGUUGGGUGCGAUGGAGUGAACUCCUUGGUGGCAAAAUUUCUAGGCCUCAACAAACCAUCCUUUACCGGGCGCAACGCUUCGAGGGGAUUCACCGUGUUCCCUGACGGUCAUGGCUUCAGGCCCCGUUUCCAUCAGUACUUCGGCGAAGGGUUUCGAUGUGGGUAUUUACCCUGCGACGACGAGAGCAUCUACUGGUUUUUCACCUGGACUCCAUCUCCGCGAGAUGAGGAAGUAGAAGACGCGGCAAAGAUGAAAAACUUCAUCCUAAACAAACUAAAAACAUCAAAAGCACCCGAACAAAUGGCGCAAAUAGUCUCAAACGGCGAAAUGGGCACAGUCGUCUCAUCUCCGUUAAGGUUCAGAAACCCGUUCGAACUGCUAACGGGAAACAUCACCGACGGACAUGUUUGCGUCACCGGAGACGCACUGCAUCCGAUGACUCCUGACCUCGGUCAAGGAGGCUGCUCUGCCCUCGAGGAUGGGGUCACGCUCGCUCGGUGCCUGGGCGAGGUUAUUUUGAACGGAGAGAGGAUUGAGGGGGGGCUGAUGAAGUAUGCAAAGGAGAGGAGGUGGAGGAGCUUUGAUCUCAUUGUUAGAUCCUAUGUGCUGGGGUUUGUACAGGAGAGCAGCGGUUGGGUGAUGAACUUUUUGAGGGAUAAAUGCUUGGCAGGGUUUUUGGAUGGCCAGUAUCUGAAGAAGGCAGACUUUGACUGUGGCAAGAUUUGAAGGUUGAUAUGAUAAUAGUAUAUGAAGAUACUGGAUAUGAGAUGUCAUCAGGAACAGCAAGAGUUCAUGCGCUAGCAAAUAAUUAUCCCUGAAGGUUAUUUUUCUAUGUUUGUUGUUUCCUCAGUGUUCAGUAUAUAAUAACUGAGUGUAAGCUUUCAGAGUGAAAAGACUGCAAAUCUAAUUUUAUCUAAGAAAUAAGUUUCCUUCA